ACGGCCCUGACUGCAACAGACCCCCCAACCACAAUGUUAACCACAGCACUGACUUCAUCAACUCCACCUGACAGAACCACACCUCAAACAAAGACAACGGCGCCUAUCACAAACACGGCCACUGAAACCCUAACCUCGAGGACUAAGGCUUUUUCAACCAUGCAAACUACAACCUCCACACCCCCUUCCACUACAGCUACGGCAACACCUAACACCUUGACAACAACGACCACCGACACAACGGUCGCGCCAACGACCACGACAGAAGUAACAACCGCCAUACCAAUACAGACGACAGAGGGUGUGGGGUGCACCGUGAACAUCACGGAGAUCAUCGCCAGCGCAGACUCCGUGCUGGUGAAAGUCAACACACCUGGCAGAGGCUGUAACUUCACCGUGUUUUAUAAUGAGACGCCUCACACUGAUGGACUCGACUGCGAUCUGUUCGGGGAUUCCAGCAACGCGUACACCUGCGAGAUAAAUCCGCUGGAAGCCGGCACGCUGUAUUCUUUUGUGGUGCAAUCCAAAAACGAUGGAGAAAGGGCCGUCAUUGCAGUGCGCACAGACCCGCUGGCUCCGUCCGGGGUUGAGAUCCAGCCGGACCAGGCCCAGUUCCGGAGCUCGGCCCUGGGGCACGGCGGUACCUCCGGCCUGCGGGUCUCCUGGAGGCCGUCCCCGGGCCACGUCGACUGGUACGACGUCCUGCUGGAGGACCGGGCCGGGUCGGAGCCCGGGCGAAGCACCCGGGUCACGGGCACCGCCGCCCCGCAGUCGGGCUUCAGCGGCCUGACGCCCGGGACCCGCUACACCCUGGGGGUGGUGGCUACGUCAGGCAACAAGAGCAGCCCGGCUGUCUGGACGGACACCGCCACAGCUCCGGCCACGGUGAGCGAUCUCCAGGCGUCGGCCUCCUCCAACUCUGAAAGCCUCAGUGUGUCCUGGCAGUCCGGCCCAGGGAGGACAGAGCUGUUGCGGGUGGUGCUCAGUGACCAGGACGGGGCCGUGUUGGGGAACCUCACCGUGGGCAACGCCACAAACUCCAGCGUGUUCACCGACCUGCGACCUGGAACCUUCUACGUCGUCACCGUGGUGACUGAGGCGGCUGGUCUAAAGAGCGCCCUGUCUCAUCGAGUCCCCACAGCACCUGCUGCCGUCUCCCAACUGACUCUGACCAACAACGGUUCCACGGACUCUCUGAUUGGCUCGUGGGUCUCCGCUAGAGGCGGGGUCGAUGGCUACCUGGUGACCCUGUCGGGGCCGGGGUCGACCCCCCCGCGGCUCAGCCUGCGCCCCAACGCCACCCGGGCCGUGCUGCGGGGCCUGGUCCCGGGGCAGGACUACCAGCUGACCGUCACAACGCAGGCUGGGGGCCUGGGCACCGACCGCAGCGCCGCGGACAAGACGGUGCCCGACCGGGUGUCAGAGCUGUCCUUGUCCGCCCUGGAGGACAGCCCCUCUCUGAGGGUGUCCUGGGCGCCCCCUAGGGGCCGGUGGGACCACUACCGACUGCUACUAUGGAACGGAUCCCAGGUGCUGGUGAACCAGACCCUGGGGAACAGGACCACCCAGUACGUGUUCUCCGGGCCGGAGCUGGGCCUGGUGCUGGGCAGGAUCUACAGGGCGGAGGUCACCGUGCAGAGUGGACUUCUGGGUAACACCGCCUCCUGUCAGGGACGACUGGCCCCCCGGGCCGUCCAUAAGCUGGUGGUUCGCCACAGUGACGAGACCACCCUCAGCGUUCUUUGGGGCCGUCCGACGGGCGAGUGGGACGGCUUCAGCCUGGCCCUCCGGCAGGGGGACCCCCCCGUGGUGGUCUCCGAGAGGACCCUGCCCUGGGGGGCCCAGGAGUGCACCUUCAACGUCCUCACGCCCGGACGCCGGUACGAGGUUACCGUGACGACCGCCAGCGGGAACCUGAGCAGCUCGGCCUCUGUGGUCGGCUGGACCGCCCCCUCCCAGGUGAGCGCGCUGCAGCUGUACAACGCCGGGACCACCGACAGUCUCCGGGCGCGCUGGGAGCGGGCCCCCGGGGACCUGGACUCCUACCGCGUGCUGCUGGUGCACGACAGCAGCGUGAUCAAGAACGAGAGCGUGGGGCCCGACACCUGCAGCCUCAGCUUCCCGGGGCUGAGGCCGGGGGCCCUCUACAGGGUGGUGGUGACCACCGUGAGGGCGGGCCAGCUGUCCCGGCAGGCCGUGGCCGACGGACGCACCGCCCCCCGGGCCGUCCAUAAGCUGGUGGUUCGCCACAGUGACGAGACCACCCUCAGCGUUCUUUGGGGCCGUCCGACGGGCGAGUGGGACGGCUUCAGCCUGGCCCUCCGGCAGGGGGACCCCGUGGUGGUCUCCGAGAGGACCCUGCCCUGGGGGGCCCAGGAGUGCACCUUCAACGUCCUCACGCCCGGACGCCGGUACGAGGUUACCGUGACGACCGCCAGCGGGAACCUGAGCAGCUCGGCCUCUGUGGUCGGCUGGACCGCCCCCUCCCAGGUGAGCGCGCUGCAGCUGUACAACGCCGGGACCACCGACAGCCUCCGGGCGCGCUGGGAGCGGGCCCCUGGGGACCUGGACUCCUACCGCGUGCUGCUGGUGCACGACAGCAGCGUGAUCAAGAACGAGAGCGUGGGGCCCGACACCUGCAGCCUCAGCUUCCCGGGGCUGAGGCCGGGGGCCCUCUACAGGGUGGUGGUAACCACCGUGAGGGCGGGCCAGCUGUCCCGGCAGGCCGUGGCCGACGGACGCACCGUCCCGGCGGCGGUGGGCGAGGUGACGGUCAGCAACAACGGCCGCAUGGACUUCCUGAGCGUGUCGUGGCGCCCCGGGCCGGGCGAGGUGGACGGCUACCUGGUGUCGCUGCGGGACCGGGACAGGACGGUCCACACGCUGGCCGUGUCCAAGUCCAGCCCCCAGUGCGUCUUCAACUCCCUGGUGUCCGGACGCCUCUACAACAUCUCCAUCACCGCCCGCUGCGGGGCCUACGAGAACCACACCGUGGUGCAGGAGCGCACGCAGCCGUCGGGCGUCCAGGACCCCACCGCCUCCCACGACGCGCGGGACGACUACCUGAAGGUGUACUGGCGGCACGCGGCCGGAGACUUCGACUCCUACCAGGUGGUCAUCAAGCACAACAACCUCUUCCACCAGAACCAGACGGUCGUCAAGACGCGCAACGAGUGUGUGUUCACGGGCCUGGUGCCUGGCAGGCUGUACUCGGUGCUGGUCAUCACCUGGAGCGGAGCCUACGAGACCGGCGUCCCUACGCACGGGCGCACCUUCCCCGCCGCGGUGCGGUCGCUGACCCUGGCCGGGCGCGGCACCGACGACCUGCGGGUGGCGUGGGCGGCUGCGCCUGGCGACGUGGACCACUACGAGGUGCAGCUGCUGUUCAACGACCUGAAGGUGUUCCCGCCCGUCACGCUGGGCAGCGGCGUCGGGGAGUGCGUGCUGUCCUCCCUCACGCCGGGGCGCAUGUACAAGGUCCUGGUGUCCACGUUCAGCGGGCCCAACCAGAGGGCCCAGUUCAUCGAGGGACGCACAGUGCCCAGCAAGGUGAAGAGCAUCCACAUCAGCAACAGCGGCGAGAGCAGCAGCCUGCGGGUGAGCUGGACGGCGGGCCAGGGGGAGGUGGACAGCUACGUGGUGUCCCUCCACAGGGAGGGCCGCCGGCUGGACGCCCGGCCCGUGCCCAAGCACCACAACGAGCUGCGCUUCGACUCGCUGCAGCCGGGCCAGCUGUACGACAUCACGGUGCAGUCCAUCAGCGGGGAGCUGGUCAACAACAGCACCGCCAGCGCACGCACCGUGCCCUCCAUCGUGUCGGGGCUCCAGGUGGACACCCAGGAGACCAUCAGCAGCCUGCAGGUCACCUGGCAACAGGCGCUGGGCGUUGCCGACGGUUACAGCCUGGAGGUCUUGGAUGGGAGGGGAGAGCUGGUGACCAACUCCUCGGAGCCGUACGGACGCGGCCAGCAUCGCUUCGACCGGCUCACCCCCGGCAGGAAGUACCGGGUGGUGGUCCGUACCACCAGCGGGGGGGUCAGCAGCCAGGGGGUCAGCGGCGAGGGCCGCACACGUCCAGCCGCGGUCUCCGAGCUGUCCAUUCAAUCCAACACCACAAGUAGCCUGUCGUUCCAGUGGUCUCCACCAGAGGGCGACUUUGAGACCUAUGACAUCUUCCUGUUCAACGGGAGUGACCGGCUGCAGGAGCAGCUCAAGGGACAGUCUGCCAUCCAGCAGUGCUCCUUCAAGGGCCUGGUGCCUGGAGCUCCUUACAAGAUGGUGGUGUUGACACGGAGUGGGGAGCUGACCAACGACUCAGCCAUCUGGGCCAGGACUGUCCCGGGGGCUGUGCUGUCCCUGCAGACCCACAGCACCAACCGCUCCGAGGAGCUCAGGGUGAGCUGGUCGCGGCCCCCGGGCGAGCUCAGCCGCUACCUGCUGUCCCUCUACGCCCCUGACGGAGCCCGGCAGGACCAGCGGCCGCUGGGGGCCGGGGUCACCGAGCACGUCUUCCAGGGGCUGGUGCCGGGACGGCGGUACCAGGUGGUCGCGCUCACCUGUAGCGGGGAGUUGGUCAACAGCGCCAGCACCGCGGGCAGAACCGCCCCGCGACCCCCGACCUCCUUGUUCCUCGGCGUCACCAACACCUCGGUGGAGGUCACGUGGAGCGGGCCCGUGGACUCGGACUACGACGACUAUGACCUGCAGUGGGUCCCCAAGGUGCAGCUGUCCGUGGUCAACCCCUACCUCGCCCGCACCUCUGGCAGCCGGCUCCUGCAGGGCUUCUACCCCGGGAGGCUCUACACCCUCAGCCUGCGCACGGUCAGCGGAGCCACCGAGGCCGGGGCCCGGCCCGCCUACAGCGCCACCGUCUACAAGAGCAUCCGCACCAAGCCCGGCCGGGUCCACGGCCUGCACUGCCGCCCCCAGAGCUCCACCUCCAUCUCCUGCUCCUGGGGCGCGCCCCGGGCCGAGUACGACUCCUACACCGUCGAGUGCCUCCACCAGGGCUCCCGCACCCUGGUGUACUCCCGCCGCACCGGCCGCGACUCCACCGUCUACCUCAUCAGCCAGCUGGAGCCCCACAAGCGCUACACCGUGUCCGUCAAGGUCAUCUCGGACACCAUGGUGAGCGAGGCGGCGCGGGACAGCGUGGUGACCAUGAUCGACCGCCCUCCCGUGCCCCCUCCCAGCGUCCGAGUGAGCGACCGGGUGGCGGUGGUCUCCAAGUCCUCCAUCGUCUUCAGCUUCAACUGCAGCUGGUUCAGCGACAUCAACGGAGCCGUGCGCAACUUCACCGUGGUGGUGACCGAGUCUGAGGACAGCGAGAUGCUCCAGCCCGACCAGCAGCACCCCCUCCCCUCCUACCUGGAGUACAAAACCAACAGCUCGGUCAAGUCCUACCAGACGGCCUACUUCCCCAGCCACUGCGCCGAGGGCCCGGACGUGGCCCCCCAGAGCUUCGACAUCAGCCUGGGAACGGGCAUGGACACACUGGGAGGGGACUGCGACGCCACGGACGGAGAGCCCGUAGACCCCGACCUGCAGCGGGAGACCGGACCCUUCUGCGACGGACCCCUCAAACCCAAAACCGCCUACAGACUGAGCGUGCGGGCCUACACCCAGCUGCUGGACGACCACCAGAAUGCCGGCGCCUCGCCGCUUUUCACCGACACCUACCUGUCCCUGCCCGUCGUCACCGAGGCCGAGCCUGGGAGCGGUGUGAUGGAGGGCAUCAGCGCCGGCCUGUUCCUCAUCUCCAUGAUGAUCGGCGUGACCGCUCUGCUCGUCUGCAGACAGAAGGCCCGCAAAGUGAGUGUGGAAGAGACACCAGUCGUCAGGAUGAGCAUGAGGAGAGAGAGAUCACCCAGCUCCGGAGUGUACAUGGGAGUCCGAGGGAACCGCCGCAUUUCAAGCCCCAUCAAGAUCAUGAACUUUGACGGCCACUUCUCCAAACUGCAGGCUGACUCCAACUACUUUCUGUCAGAGGAGUUUGAGGAUCUGAAGGAGGUGGGUCGGAACCAGCCACUGGAUACUGCUCUGCUCCCGGAGAACCGCGGGAAGAACCGAUACAACAACAUUCUCCCCUAUGACUCAACGCGGGUGAAGCUGGCCUGUGUAGACGAUGACCCCUGCUCUGAUUACAUCAACGCCAGCUAUAUUCCUGGAAACAACUUCCGCAGGGAGUACAUCGCCACGCAGGGCCCUCUUCCGGGGACUAAGGACGACUUCUGGAAGAUGGUCUGGGAGCAGAACGUCCAUAACGUCGUCAUGGUUACACAGUGUGUGGAGAAAGGCAGGGUCAAGUGUGAUCACUACUGGCCCUUCGACCACGAGCCCUUGUACUACGGGGACCUGAUUGUCCAGAUGCUGUCCGAGUCCGUCCUGCCCGAGUGGACCAUACGGGAGUUCAAGAUCUGCAGUGAGGACCAGCUGACCUACUCCAGGCUGGUGCGUCAGUUCCACUACACCGUGUGGCCCGACCACGGCGUGCCCGAGACCACCCAGUCCCUGAUCCAGUUCGUCCGCACGGUCCGGGACUACAUCAACAGGAGCCCUGGGUCCGGGCCCACCGCGGCCCACUGCAGUGCCGGCGUGGGGCGCACCGGAACCUUCAUCGUCCUGGACCGCGUCCUGCAGCAGCUCGACACCAAGGACGCGCUGGACAUCUACGGCGCCGUGUUCGACCUGCGCCUGCACCGAUCCCACAUGGUCCAGACCGAGUGCCAGUACGCCUACCUCCACCAGUGCGUGCGUGACGUGCUGAGGGCCAGGAAGCUCCGCAGGGAACAAGAGAACCUCCUGUACCCCAUCUAUGAGAAUGUCCACCAUGACACUCAAAGAGAUAUGGUGUUCACCAGGCGUUAAAGAUUGUAUUGGUGAUGGAGCAAGAAAAAAGAGAUUGACUGUACAGUUAUAUUUGUAGCACUACUGU